AUGGCCGAAUUAGAUGUUCUUCUUCAAACUUUACAUAAUGUUCUAAUAAUAGAUAAAUAUUUAAAUAAAAAUGCAUCAUUUGGUAAUAAUAUAAAUCAAAAUAAAAGUAUUAUGGAAGUUAUAAAUAGUCAAUUGUCUCAAUCACAAUUUGUUAAUACAAUUAAAACGAAGAAAAAGAAAAAUUAUGGAAGAUUAGUUAAAAGAUUAAAACAUAAAUUUAAAUUGGCGAAUGUUAUAUUACAGAAAUCAGAUAAAUCAAAAGUAUUCCAUUUAGGUAAAUUGGAAGAUUAUCGUAAAAAAUCCAAAGAAUAUAUGGAAAAAACUCAAGCAUAUAAAUGUCUUGGCAGUGAAGAUCCAUUACCUGAUUUAAUUCAAAGAACAAAUAAAUAUCUAUUGGAUUUAAGAUUAGCUAAAUGGAUUACUCAAAAACAAUAUGAGAAAUUAUGUAUUAAUCCAUGUGAAGUUGAGUUGGCCCAUUUAUAUUAUUUGCCAAAAGCUCAUAAACCUGGUACUCCGCUACGUCCAAUUAUAAGUGGUCUCAAACAUCCUACAAUAAAAAUUUCAAAAUUUCUUGAUGAUUUAUUAAGACCAUUAUUUGAUAAAAUGGCUCAAGAUACAACAGUUACAUCUGGCUUUGAAUUAUUGAAAAAAUUAAAAGAAUGGUGUAUACUGAAUAUGAAUCAAAAUACUAUAUUUUGUAGUAUUGAUGUACUUGAUUUAUAUACAAUGAUUCCACAAGUAGAAGGAGUACUUUCUCUUAAGAAAAUGUUAGAUUAUUUAAAAUUUAAACGAGUUGGUGGUUUAAAAAUUGAAAUUAUUAUUAGAUUAAGUCGGUUUGUUAUGCAAAAUAAUUAUUUUUCUUAUGAUGGUCAAUUUUAUCAUCAGAUUAGAGGUGGAGCUAUGGGUUCUCCGUUAACUCUGACUAUAGCUAAUUGUUAUAUGUUUUUCUUUGAACAACAAAUAGCUAAACAAAUUAAAAAUAGCGGAGGACUCUUUUUUCGGUAUAUUGAUGAUUUAUUUAUUGUAAUCAAUUGGCCUGCUCGACAUUUAUUGAAACAAAUCGAAAAGUGGAAUCAAUUUGAUGAAAAUAUUAAAUUAAAAGCAAACAUUGGCUCCUUUAUUAGUUUUCUUGAUUUAUAUAUGGAAAAUCAAGAUGGGACUUUAUUUACUACAGUUUACCAAAAACCAUCUUAUGAGCCUUACUAUUUGCCAUUUAGUAGCAUUCAUCCAUUACAUAUGAAAAAGAAUAUACCUUUUACGAUGUUACUCCGGGCAAUUCGAUAUUGUUCUACAUUUCAAACAUAUUUGGAUGAACGUGAAAAAUUACGUAUGGCUUUAUUGCUUAAUAAAUAUCCGAAUAAGUUAAUCGAAGAACAGUUUAAUAAUGUUCUUUUGAAAUGUGAUAUUGAGCAGCCGUUAACAAUUUGGAAUUAUGAUAAAUAUCGGCAAAAAGUAAUAGAUUCACCCAUGAAAGAAAAAGUUGAUAUUGAUUAUGAAUCAAUUAUGUUUGUACAUUUUACAUACUGUUCUAGUAUGAAAACUUUUCCUGCUAAGUUCCAUAUACUUUGGAAUAAAUAUUUUGGGGAAUCCCCUAUUAAUGAAGUUAGACCUGUUCUUGGCACUCGAAAUGUGAAAAAUUUACAACGAUGCCUAGCUUUGACUAUGUAA